AUGGAGGAAGACGUUCCUGAUUUCGCUGAUCAAUGCGGUUCCACCUCGUUUUUGGAAAGCUUCAAUAUUGAUACAGGCAAGCUUUAAAAUUAUUAGACCUGUCAAUGGUGAAGCUGUAUUUUUAAAUAUUCGCGAUUUCGGCCAGUAGUUAUCCAUUAUUUAUUUGCUAAAUAUUUCUACUGUUUACAGCUUAGUAGUAUUGGCAGUAUUCAUUUAAGUGGGCAAGAUCUCCUGGCCGCCGUAGUCCCAUGAGGUUUGGGCGAAGCCCUCAGACAGUUAGCUUGCCGACAUUUAUUCCUGCCUUUUGUCCCUUCGUUAUUUUUAGAUUCGGAGGCGGCACCCCAUUUCAUUGUAAAUCUAGACUGUAAGUCCACCCCUUUCAGUAACACAAUUUUUGUAGCAUUUGCCGAGGGCUCGGAGCCCCCAGUUCCCCAGCCACCGACCCCUGCGGUCGAAUCUACUGCACAAACCGCCGAAGCUCCACAACCACCUACCAGCAUUCCCGUUCCUGAAGUACCCUCGUAUUCCUCCUACGUCCGCGUUGGCAAACCAAAGGGUCGCGCCCGGGGAUCGUACAAGCCCCUAAACGAGAUGUAAAAGCCCUUUUUAUUUUACCUUAGAUCGAACUGACGAAUGCUUUCCAAGCGCGCUUGUUCAUCUUUCCUCAUGGCACCUAUUCCGACGGGGUUCACCAGACGCAGCUUUAGGCUCGCGAUGCGCCUGUAAGCUAAUGGGUCCAAUAAGGGUUCGUGAAGCUUCGGAGGUUCGGCUUCCUAUCGAGUCCUCUAUCCUUACCCAGCAGUUCCGGACCAAAGAACGCUAUUUCCACAUUUUAUCAGCAAUAUGAUGUCGCUCCAAAAGCGACAUUGUGUUAGUGGACGCCCUCUUUCAUGAUAUGCUGCUUAGAAAUCGCGCCUGCACAGCGUAGCAGAGAGGUCGGGGGAUGGAUACUAUGCGUUCAUUUCACAUUUGUCUGAAAAGCAGCAGGCACAAGCUUUAAGACGUUUUUUCCUAUGUCUUAUCCAUUUGCUCAAUCUAGAGGACUUAUUAAUGGUUUCCUUGGCCAGACGGCGCUCCACACGCAUAGUGAGGGUUCCCCGCGUAGUAUUAUCUCCAUAGGCAUCAUCGAGAUGAAACAACAGUUUAUCUGCCAGGCAUAGUACAGAAGAUUCUUUGCUUGGUUUCGAACAGCGUUGGUAGAAUUCAGAAAGUUUGAGCCGUCAUUGUAGCAUUACCGUCGAUACGCGUCUUUUCGCCCAGUGAGUACGCACCAUACCGGUAUCAUCUGGCUCGUUAGUAGACUUCGCACUUUUCCGCACAGUAUCCUUGCUUCGUGGCAUAAUAUAAACACCAGUUUGGGGUCAUCGCGGUUCUCACACCCAAAUGGUUUUUACAUAGUUCCAAAAAGCCGUUACCUUAGACUUUUGUAUAACUUAUAUCCGUAUUUGCAGCCGCUUAGCACUUACCACGUCAGUGUACUUAGCACUGUUAAAAUCGUUUAUUGUUCCUCCAGGGUUGAAACCAGAAUUCGUACCUAUGAGGGGGCUGACUCUCAUACCAAGAUCUCGACACUUAUGCAACAUUUCCCGUCGUUCAGGCGGAGCAUAAUCGACAAAUGCUUCACAAAAAACUUAUUGAACUUCGAAGAAACAUACAAAGAGCUGUACGCCAUGCACAAGCAACAACAGGAAGCUCUAAGCAAAAUACGCCUGGUUUUGACCCCGAAAGGUAAGUUUUAAAGCUCCCGGCCUUUUCUAAGGACCGGUAAGGUUCCGUUUACUUAAUAAGUCCAAAUACCAGGCGGACAAAUUCCCAUUACAUGUUUUUGCCUUUAUUUCAAUUUUGCCCAGCCGAUUACUGUCAGGUCGCUAUCGACAAUCGAAUGUACUGGAUUUGCAAAGCGUUCCGCUUCGUCUUUAGAAGAUUUGACUAAGUAUAAAGCCUCCUUAAUGCAUGGAUCUAAGUGGCCUUCCACGAUCUGAUCGUGACGACCCCCUUUUCUGUGUUCAAUAUGAACUCGGUCUUUUUUCUUAGCCUACCAGUACAACUGAUCCAAAGCAAGGAUUUACAAAUAGCCAAUCUAGUAUAUUCAAUGGCAAAUAAGUUAUCCAGUAACGGACUUUUCAUGUGAUUUUUGUCAGCUUGGACUGUUCUGUAAACGCAUAUCAUCCUCAGACGGAUGGUUGAUUGAUAUCAACUGUUGUUCUUGCGUAUUUUGUGCUAGAGCUGUUCCAAGCUUAACUAUCGGCCGUCAUUCGUUUGGGGUCAUUUUACUCUUCGUUCCUCUCGGAACGUUUAUUUGUGCUGAUUGUUAUGGGGGUGUCUGGCACUUGCGAGAAGUCAGGACGGCGACUUCGAAAGGGUUCCCUCGUGAGGACCAUGCCUUCUUCAUGCGGUCACGUUCGUAAGUGACCAUGUUACUUCUACUGAAAAGUACCAAGUAACAAGACCAGACAAUGUAGAAUAGUUAGUCAUUUGUCAUCGGCUUUCCGAUAAAUCACCCGUCUAGAGUGUAGUUAUCGCUUUGCCAUGUGUCCGAAGCGCUCCUUUGUACACUGGAUUCUGUUUGAAAGGGUUGCUUUUGUUUUUAUGCUGUUCUAGUCCAAAAGCCGAAGAAGACUAGGAUUAUUCCAAACAUCAAGGCACCAGAACUUAUCAACACACCUUUUGUCCGUGGUCGUCCGAGCCGGAGAUCUGGGAAUCGCUAUUAUAGACGCGUAAUAGUUGGCAAAGAUGGAUCUGUUGAGUCGGCUGAGGUGACCGAGAAGAACUACAUUCGCAACUCGGACGCGUUCCGCACUUUGCCUCCGAACCCCGUUUACGGUGACACGAAGGUAUUUCCAUCUGUAUCCAUUUGAUUGUGACAGCAUCCAUAAUAAAGUCUUCAUCUACCUCUACACAUAGCUAGAUAUUUGCUGAUUGAGUGAAUCGUGAGAUCUCUGGCAGCUGUUUGUUCGAUCCACUAAAAAUUCCACUAUCAAAUGUUGUCUGUGACAUUACCCGUUACGCCGCUUGACCGCUGAGGUCUUUUCUGGUGUACUUGGCUCAAGGUGACCAACUUGACGUUUGAGACUGGCGCCUGCGCUACACAGUCCUGUAAAUGAACCAGGACUACGUCCUUUGCCACAGCAAUUUCAAGGUCUUUAUGGAUACCAGACUCAUGAGAAUUAACAACAGGGCUUAGUUCUACGUGUUUAACUCCCAGAGGUUGACGAGGACAGGCUUUACAAAUUCCGUUAUUAUGAGACAGAUCCAGAUUACCGACGGCAUCCGUUACCAGAUUAGCAAUUAUAUGACGUUUAUCACGAAGCCUGUUUUCCAGCAUAAGUUGUUUCGCAAUUUAUUCUAUUGUCGACUUCAAAUAUGUGCUUUUCAGCCAGUAACCCCCUCAACAAUUUCAUCGGCCGCCCGUGUGGAGACUGUCCAACAUCCUGAUGUCCCUCAGUUAGCACCGGAGCCCAGGGUCGGUACUCCUCUGCUUUUAUACUUUCAAUUAGAUUUUUAUACAUGGUUGCAAUUGUUUAAGACAUGCGAGGGGCAUAAAAUCAUGACGAUUUUUGGCAGUCGAACACUUACUUGCUUCUAACGCAUGCCCCAUUAUUUUGUUCCUUAUCUCGCUUAGGUUGCUGCCCAAGCAGAUAUGUCAACGACAGCUGCCACGUCUUCGGUUUCUGCUGACGAGCAACCAGACCAACCCACCACUGCUAUGGGUGCUACUACUCAGCAGCCUAACCAACCGCCUAGUGGCAACAGAUUUUUCCGCAGUAAUCGUAUUUCCGAUGCUGAAAUGAAAAAGCGUGAGUACGUUGCCAAAGAAUUACAGGGUCCAGCAAAUGCCCGCGUCCAGCUCCUUCGAUCGUCUAAAGCUGAAGCCGAACCUGGUGAGGGUGUGGAAGAGUCUGCCGCAAACUUCAUGGCUGGCGUCGGCGUUGUUAGCACUCCCAAUGGUAAGACCGGAGCUUGAACUCUGUUUGUGGAAGGCUUUGUUUUUUUUCUCUUGUCUUCUCCCCGAAGAAUGUGUUUUCAAGAGCUAUUUGUUUUUUGCAGCCAGCCGACGACGUGGAAAGAGGACCCGCGGAAAGGCAAACGAUUUAAGCUCUGCUGCUGAGCAGGGACAAGACGCACAAGACGAUAUUGAUGAUGUAAGUAAAAAAAUUAGUUUUAAUCAAAUGACGCAAUUCAAUUGCCUGACCAAGCCGGCUUGAAAAGAAUCUAUCUCGUCAUUCAAAACCUUUACAUUCCAAUUAACACUGAGGGAUGUUUUGUUUGAUUGCAUGCUUCACAUUUACUUUUCAAAGCAAUUUUUUGUUGUCUUGAGACGAUUUUUGAGCAGCCAAUGAUUUCGCAACGCCCAAUUUAAUACCUAGACAAUUCACUCGAAUUUGUAUGGAAGACGGCAUCUUCGAUCCGCCAUUAUUUUUUUAGGAAGGUUUCGUUUUUUUCCGCCGAUAAUAAGAAGUGGUGGACAGGGUCCGUUGACCCUUGGCAUUACUGAAACUUUUAAGCGCUUAAGAUCGAGUUUAUCUGUGGUCCUUUGUGAGUUGGACACCCUUUAUUUUGCCGCCAUGGUUUCUUUUCCUCCCCUUUUCUGUCUAAUAAGUACAUCACCCGUUUUCGCCUGACCAGGCUCCUAAGAAAACAUUCGCUUUUUUGCCUCCUAAGGGCCUAGAUCUAAUUUCAGAGGAGAGGCUUCUCCUAAUGUCAUUCUUCAAUGAGGCACCCGCGGAAGAACUGUCUCUCAUGCCCGGCUGUUCCCAAAAGACUGCCGAAAUCAUCAUUAACCUCAGACCCUUCAAGAAUUCCACAGACUUAAAGCUCCGGUUGGACUCCACUAGACAUCUUUCUACCAACCUUAUUGACUCAUUCAAGGAGCUUAUGCAUACUCGGUCCAUGUUCUCAUCUCUCUUAAACAGUUGUGAGGACAUCAGCAUUCGAGUUUUAGAGCGUUUAAAGAAUCUUCUGGCAGACUGUGUCAAUCUUCCGAUCCCCGAGACGACUGAUGCAAGGGGCGACUCCGAAGGAUUCCUACGCAAGGAAAAAAUGGACAUUCUACGCGAGCAGCCUGUCAUUUUACAUCCACUGUAAGGCUGCCGUCUUUUUCGAGCGAUUUUCAAACCAAUUCUAUUUUGCUCUUUAAAAAACUUGCAUUUAAUGUCAUUGACUCGAAAGUGCAUUCCAGUAUAUUUACUUGUGAACUUAAGGUUUUAAAUCUAAGUGUUUGCCAAACUAAGACUCCAUUAGAUAUUUGGUGGUGUCAGUCAAGGCGUCAUUCCUCAAAACGCAUCUCUUAGUCUGACUCGAUCUGGUUUAUCUCGGGUGCACCGCAAAUUUUUCGGAACACCGCUUGUGGUCUUUUACGGAUCUGCGGUAUUCCUUGAUAAUCUUGCCGCCGGCGUUUCGUAUGCUUUCACCGACCGCAUCCCUCUAUUGCUCGGCAAACAGGUGCAGUCUUUGUGUUUUACCCGGAGUUUACUGGCGUCCGAGUAUUUUCUGAAUUUCGUCGCCGGCUGACUUUAUACUGAAUACUUGACUCUUCAUUUUGGUAAUUGCACGGUUCUGAUGAAGGACGUCCUCACCGUCACAUUUUAGACUUAUCAUUUAUUUACUUAUGAAGGAGGAUGAAGACACGGACAUCUAUGUUGGGGGCACUUGUUGCGAUUCAUCCGAGCGCCUUGGACGGUUGCGCCGUUGCGCGACCCGAAAGUGUCAUCACGUUUCCUCCCCAAAAUCACUCGACCUGCACAAUGCGCGUGCUCAGAAUGACUCAGUGACUGCGCAUUUUCAUCAGAAAUUUGCAAACUGGAAUAUCACACGUUAAUGUCUUCUUCCGCAGUCCUUGCCACGCGCUACACCCGCUAUUGCCGCACCGUAAACAUAGGCAUUUCCACAUCAGGCGAACUUUUUUCGGAUGUCACCCUUAUGGUGUUCGUCAGUUAUCCCUUCCUAACUUAGUGUGCCUGACACCUCUUAUUCAUAGGCGCCAGCUGAAGCCCUAUCAACUGGUGGGCCUAAACUGGCUCCGAAUAUUGCACGAAGAGCACGUCAACGGUAUUCUGGCUGACGAAAUGGGCCUGGGCAAAACCGUUCAGGCCAUUGCCUUUCUGGCCUAUCUCUGGGAAAACGGAGAACGCGGUCCGCACCUCAUUGUCUGCCCAAGCUCAACAGUUGACAACUGGAAGCGAGAACUGCACAAUUGGUGUUCUCAGUUGAAGGUGCUAGUCUACCAAGGUGCGGCUGACCAGCGCAAGGCCAUGCGUCUAAAGAUUUACGAAAGCGGCAACAAACCUGACUUCAAUAUACUACUGACGAGGUAGGUACAGCCUAUUCACUCAUGUACCCCUCUCGUCGUCUCGUUAUUUUAUACUCUCCUGUUAUCCUUAGCUACAAUGUGGCCACCGGCACCUUGGAGGACCGCGCCCUGAUGAAACGCGUCGAUUUCCGCUACGGAAUUUUUGACGAGGGUCACAUGUUGAAAAACAUGACCACUCAACGCUAUAAAACUAUCUCCAGCUUCCAAAUCCAGCGUCGUCUUCUGCUGACCGGGACCCCGCUCCAGAACAAUUUAAUGGAGCUCAUCUCGCUUCUGGCUUUUGUUAUGCCCGACUUGUUUCUGAAUAAUUCAGAACACCUAAAGCGAAUAUUCCAGUUGAUGGGGAAGUCGGUAUCCGAAGAGCCCGCCCCAACGAAAUCAAAACAGUCAAAGGAGGCAGAAAGUAUCAAGGAUGGUGAGGAUGCUCCCGGAAAAUCAUCCGUUCUGCUGCCUAACAGAAGCCAAUUUGAGUGUGAGCGUGUGGAGCAAGCAAAGAAAUUCUUGCAACCGUUCUGUCUCCGUCGUUUGAAAUCACAGGUACCUUUUCCUCUUUUUCCAGACUUUUCUCACCCACUUCCGUAUUUUGUCAAGAUACCACCUGCAAUACUUGCGGUGCGAAUUCCUGCAUUUUUUUAGCAUGCUCCAUUAUCUAGACCUUUUCGUUACCUUAUUUGACCUCGCAGUCUAGUUUAUAUUAACCAACCGGACCAGCACCUAUCACACACCACUAUCCCCACGGUACGCGCAUGCACAACGGUCUGGAACAUUACACAUCGUUUGGAUCUAUUCCAACAAUUUCGGUCUCCGUAUAGAUCCUUCCAGUCAUGUGCGCACACAUUGGAAUCAUCAUCAUUCAUGCACUACGAAGCUUGCCACUGUCGACAAUUACAAGCCAACAAUCAUGUGUGCGUGUAUGCACGCGCUUCGUACGCGGUAGCUGAAGGUCCUGCCCCACGCCAGCCACUACGUCCAAUCUCAUCACCAGUUGGCCGACAGGCUGCUUUUGUAUUGCGGAAGAGAGAGAGAGAGAGAGAGAGAGGCCGAUACCAAAGUAAUCUCCCCCAGUAAUUCGACGCAUUAGAUCAUUAUAAAAAGUAGGGUAUUCGUGGAUCUAUCACAACGCCCUAACAGUCGCGACGUCUAAGCCUGCCAAUUGACAGCAAAACUCACUUCUAUUUUGGUCUGAAGCCUAGUCUGCUAUGUCUUUUAAUGAGCAUCAGCAGUCAGUCUCAUGAUCCGUACCUGACCAACUGUUUCCCCAACGUUGCUGUGGUCCUCGUAGAGUUCGACGAACGAGCUAUUUUCUAUAUACUUGCUUCUUUUUACACUUUCUACUUCCAGUACUGACUUAGCUGACGCCGGCGUCCACGGAGUUACGAACCAGUGCGUCCCGUGCUUUGCGAUCCCCGGCUAGAUUCGCAGCCAUCUUUGCACAGUCAGCUCCCCAUUCGUCAACGCCGAAAACCGUUGGGUCUAGCAUCAUCAUCAGACCUGACUUGACGCUUGUUACUGAGUUUGCGCUUGUAAACCAAGCAGUGCGCCGUUGUUGUGUGCCAGAUUGGAAUGGGGCCAUAUUGGCUCAUGACAUGUUUAAGUCAGGAUGUCCACAGUCUGCUUGAGCCCUCAACUAUUGGCUUUCAUGCGUAGGACACGUGUUAGACGGGAGUUCAGUCCCAUUUUGGCCACUGCACCCAGCGUCAUCACCAGUCGGCCGGCAGACUCGUACAGGCCACUAGCACAUUGGAGGGGAAGGCGAGGGCUAGGUCGGUCAAGUUCGAAUCAUGCACUUAAUUUCCUCACAGUAUGCAACUAAACACUUCAACUGAUAUAGCGCAUCAACAGCCUUGGUUUGGUAGGUUGUCAGCUAACUCUGGAAGACAAACUCACCCGUUAGCCUGGAUGCCAACUACCCGACAUGUCCUCGGGUAGCGGACGAUCGAACGGCCUUCAGCGAAGGUUAACCACGCCUGCCCAUUUUGAAUGUAACUAUCCAUGCCGAUAUUACUUGUUGCCGGACUCAGCCUAGACGACUAUCCAGCCAUCUUAUUGGCCCCUUUGGAUUCUGUUCUCCAUAUGAUAACAGCGCGUGUUGAACUGUGUGGUAUCGCGAGUCAAACUCAACCUGUCUGCUCCCAAACUGAGAAGGCUAAACUUUUCUUUAGCUGCAGAGGAGACAUCCCUCAAAACCAAAGACUCGCCUUGCAGUAGUUAACAGUUUCAUACCCUGUGACGAAGUUGUCAAAUAAACAGAACGGACGACAUAGUCUGUCGAAUCGAUUUUACUAUCAGGGUUUUCGCAAUCCACAGUUUCUGUGGGCUUUACGUGAUACCUCUACCACUAAAGAGACCCUUGUGUGCCGAGUAUCCGUCCGUUCAGUCCCACAAGGUUGUGGUUGUUAGGCUCUGCUCGGAGAGAGCGAGCAAAAAUUCAAAAUGUUUGUCCGAGAACCGUUCCUCGAGUAAAAUGCACCGACUUGUUCUCGUAUGGGACAGUCCGCACUCAGUGCCUCAACGUCGCGAAGAUAUCCCAGGCCACCCAAGAAAGGAGGCUGUGGCUUGGGCACGUUUUUCGUCCGCGUUCAAUGUGGCCCCUGAUCCGGCACCGGCGUCCGCCUGGAGGUCUGCUCAAAAUCUGACACAGCAGUCCAUGAAAGCGUGAAGGCGGUUUUUGUACCUUCAUUAUUCGCCCUCUCGUUCCUGGAAAAUCGAGCUCCUCGUAUUCACUGCUCAGAUCGUCACGCAUGGAGAGGUACGAUCCGCGGCGUCGAGACCGAGUAGAUCAUACUUGCUCAGUCGUACCAGGUGCAAGUGAAUAAAUUACCAGCUUACUUAUUCCUCUUCCGGAUUGAAAGCCAGGCUACAGGGGCUCUUUAAUGUGACUUUUACUGGAACUAUCUCAUGAGAGAUCCCGAAACCCCUUUGAAGACUGGCUGAUGUUAAGCGUGUGACCAUGACGUGUGUNUAAGUGCGAAACUAAAAAGCUAGACAGAUCUCGCGCCGCAAGUCGGUUUUACUAUAAGCAGACUAAAGCUUAAUUCAACUUUGCGCCCUUCGACUCAGUGGUGGUUCUCGGCGCACACGAAGCACAGACUAUCGGGCUUACACCUGCGGUAGCUCAGGCGCCUCUGAAUGCCAAAUUCCGGAGUCCGGACUUAAGCGAAUUUGCCUUGAAUUCAGGUUACGAAAAUCCCUUGAUCUCCAAGUCUUAGAGCUGUUGAGGCUGGUUUACACGUAGUGCAGGGUAUAACCGCGAAGUAUGUUGUCGGAUUUGUCCUAAUCGUGUUGUAACCACAACAAAACCACUCUCUUUUUUGGCUUCUCAUCCGAAUUUCGUAUGUAGCGAUAACCCGACCUCACCUUUAUGUUUUUGUACUGGACGGCUGCCGACCACAACCGCGGCACCGAACAGUGCUUAACUAAGUUCUGUCUUAAAUUUGCUAAUUGUCUUCUCUCGAUAGGUUUUGCAUCAACUGCCGCCGAAAACAGAAGAGACUGUUUAUGUGCCGCUGACUGAGAGUCAGCGCAAGAGCUACUUAGACCUGAUUGAUAAAUUCCGCAACGCCCAACCGGAUACAAUGGCUGAAGAAGAGGACCUGAGUGAGGAGGCCGUCGGUCCCAUGAGCCGUCUGCUGAAUAAUAACCCAAACAGCAAGUCCACUGCUAAUGGCGAAGUGGAGCAUGCAGCUAAAAAACGCAAAACUUCAGGUACAUUCCCGACCGUGAAGGCCUUUUGUCUCUUAAGUCUCUGAUAUGCGCUUUUGCCGCAUUUGGAGAUCUAUUCUUAUUUCCUGCUUCGUAGUUCCUCUGAGAGGCAUUGGCCUCGUGCAGGACUUUCGGGGCAAUUUAGAUUGCUACUUCGGCACUUGAUAUCAUAAGGCUUCGUGAUUGUUUAUUGUCCUUCGUCAGAUGGCUUCUCGUAGAUUCAAUUUGAUUGUUGCCAACAUAAAAUGAAGCAGUCGGCGUUUUAAUCAUCAUUGAUUCUUUUUGACUCUUUCUUAAACAAGUUUUUAUCUCCAAGAUGUGAGCUUUUUCGUGAGCUGUUUUCUCAUAUACGAAAUUUGUGGAAAUGUUCCCUCAGAAGAUAUACACUCGACUUGAGAAGGCGGUUAUGCUAAAUCUGUACGUUUAUCGCUUGAAAACGUCUGCGGCGAGACGCGUUUGAACUGCUCCGUUUCCUAUUUUGGUAUUCUGCCGACUGAACUAUUUCAGAGAUGCCCACUGGAUGGGCUACCUAAUCUGCAAUCAAUUUCUCGGCAUGGCGGCACUAACCUAUGCAAUAAAUUUACUGCAUUUACAAGUACUUUUGACUGUUCACGCUAAUAACAGUUCAGAAUUUAUGUGCCGAAUGAGGGAAUCGUAGUUAUUUCCCAGCCACCUAUACGUCCGCACAACUAAACAACCAUUUUCAUGUUAAGGGUAUUUAAAAGCCUAGGUUGCUACGCCGAGUUCUUAUUAAUGGUAAUUUUGACCAACAGGUUGAAACAAAUGACAUUAUGACCCGUUGUUGAUCCUAUAUGUACUUUUAUGUUUGGCGGACAACUUUAUUACUUUAUCAUAUCCUGCCACCCUAACUUUAGGAUUCUCCGAAGACAACCAAGAUAGAGAUGAUUGAUUUUCCACGCCUGUUUCAUGUACGGCCUAGGUCACUGCUUCAUACAGCAGCGUCGUCAAGAUAACAGCCUUAUACAUCUCAAGUUUGAUGUUGAAAUGGAAACUGCGACAACCCCAUACGGGAUUCUGCAGCCGGUCGAUGACCUGGCUGGCUUUCGAGAUCCAAUAUGCCACUUCGUCGUCGACUUUGAUGCAGCGCGAGAGUGUUCUGCCUAAAUAGCCUAGGUUGUCCAUGGUUUUCAGUCGGGUGCCGUUGACAUGGAUGCGAGGAGCGUCGUAUACGGCGCUCGGUAAUGGGUUGUGCAUAGGCACCACUUUGUCCCUGUUUAUGGUCAGCUCAAGUUCGCGCAGCCGCAGACGAAGUCCAGACUGCAGCAUCUCUGUUUCUGUCGUGGUGUUGAGUGCGAUCGUCCGCGAAGAGCAGAUUGUGGAAAAUAGUCGUGGACAAGGGCACCGGGGCCUGCAUGCGCCGGCUAUUGGGAAGUUGGCCAUCGGUCCUGUAGGCGGUCCAGAUACCACGGUGCUCAUCGCAGUAGUCGUCCAUCGGCAUGGCAGAAAACAUGAGGCCGAAAAGGAUGGGAGCUGGUACGCAGCCCUGAUUCACUCGGUUGGUCACUGCGAAUGUUUCUGAGACGGUCCUAUUGUCCGUAGGCACGUCAUCCCGUCGUGGAGCUUACGCACCAUGUGCGCGAAUCCCACAGGACAGCCGAAUUUCUUCAUGAUUUCCCAGACUCCAUCACGAUUCACCGUACUCAAGGCUUUCAUCGGGUCCUCAAAGGUAGUAUGGAAGUUGGUUCGCAUUUCUCACGCAACCGCGAAGAUCAUGUCGGUUGUUUCGGGGUGUCAUCGCAAGCCACACUGUUUCCGCAAGAAGUCCCUGUUCUAGAUAUUCACUGGGACGGUUGAGAACGAUGCGAGCAAAGAUCUUCCGAACAAUUUUGAACAAGAAAAUGCCUCUGUCUGUAUCACAGAGUUCGCACUUCCCAUUUUGCUUGCAAAUAUGGGCGAUUUUCGCGUCGCAUUCGUCAUCCUCACGUCGGCACCGACGAUGACCUGUGUCAGGCAGGGGAAUUAUCCCACAAUGUCGUUUCGGAUGGCAAAUAUGACGCCAGCGUCGAGUCGUUCUGCGUUCGGGCAGUCGCUCCGGAAUAUGUUGCCGGCACCCACCUCCAUUUGGCCCUGUUCGGGGAAGUGGGUCUUGCUGAGACCGACGAUGUCCACCUGAAGUCUAUUGUCAAGUUCAAAUUUUGUUCGGUAAAACUCUCGCGUCGUAGAAAACACGCACGGGUGCACAAAUGUAGUCUAGGGCAGCCAAUAGCCUAGAAAACCGCCUGAAUCUGGGACAAUGUCGAUUUCCGCUAAACAUGUAGGCGUUUGAUUGAUAAGAUUACUUAGAAGCAUAUUCCACGUGAGAAAAGAACAUUUUCAGAGACAGGCCUGGCGAAUAAGUAGAAUGCGUAAAAUGAUCAUCUCAAUUUCCGCCAUCAUGUGUUUUUAGUCAGGUCACACAGUACGGGGUCUCGUCGACAAACUUAUCUCUAGACGUCUCCUGGAUCUCCAAAGGGCCAGUUUUAGGACGCCGGGGCUCAGAUUUGGGUACGUGGAGCAGUGAACGAGUGCUGUAAAUAAUCUAUAUGACUCAAAAGGGGAUUUCACAAUAGCAUCCGAAACUAAAAGUUCAGCGUUUAAGCGCACGUGCUUCUCUGCCCGCCCCUUAACAAAGGACCCAUUUCUAUACGGAUCUGGAUGCACGACUGUAAUCGAAAGGGUAAAUAACAACGCUAAAACCCUGCUUGCGACGACAGCGACUUUGUAACGUCACGUCUGUGCUCUGCAUCCAAUGAGACAAAGGCACCGUACCACGAAUUGCUGUGCCGGUCUGAUGAGGUCAGUGCCGAAGGAUAUAGAUGACCGGACCGUCUGAGUGGCAUCUCCUACGACAAUCUUCUGAAUUUGGCAGCGACGUCGUGCCGUUGCAUGACAUUGCGCGGUCGCAUGUCGUUGCGCUUUACAGUUAUUAUCUCUUAGAUUUGCACGGUGUUACUCUGCGGCAAUCUAUUAAGGCAUAAAACUGCUUUCUGUUAGACAUUCAUGCCUGAGAAGUAUGUACAUACGAAGUUCACGUCUCGUAGAGACAAUUUCUAUGCCAGGAUGUCCCAUCUCCAAGCUCCGUGCACUUAGGCGCCCCCCUUCCUGUCAAGCUCUUGUGUUUGACAAUUUACACUGUCUAGUAUACCAUCGUCCCUGCUGUACGCCGCUCCGACGGGUAAACGUGAAUAGUUUGCUGGGAAAGCCCGCCUGCGAACAAUCAGACAUUCCCGAUUUUACGAACGUCUACCCCUCUUUCUUUCCUUUGUUCGUCUUUGGCUGCGUUUUGAGUAAAUGGCCAACCAUUCCGUUGUGCAUUCACAUUUCACUACCUCUUCAUCGUUACUCUUCAUCUUUAGUUAGCGACGAACCGUCCACUGCUAAUGCCCAGGAGAGCAGUCGCCCAACUCCUCUUAACAUGAUAAUGCAGCUUCGCAAAGCGGCUAACCACAACCUUCUUCUGUCCGGUAUUGCUUAUUCGGAGGAAAUGCUGAAGGAACUCUCCGUCAUACUGCAGUCCGAUCCAACUCAUGCCGAGGCUGAUCCAGCUCUUGUCUUCGAAGACCUCUGCGCCCUCUCUGAUCACCAAGUCCAUAAAGUCUGUCGUCUGUAUGAUGUAAGUCGAAAGAAACGGCGAUUUUGCCCGAUUUUGCCCCCCCCCCAAGGUGUGUUCAAAGGCAUAUUCAUUUGAUGUUUCUAUAUUUCUUUGCCCCAUAGGUCUUGAAUCCGUUCGCGCUUCCCCCAGAGGCGCUGUUGGAAGGUUCAGGCAAACUUAAGUGGCUGGAUGCUAACAUCCCCCGAUUACUGAAAGAGGGACAUAGAAUCCUCAUCUUCAGCCAGUUGGUUAUCGUACUCGACAUCGUGGGGGAGUACUUGGUCAAUAAAGGCAACAAAUUUCUUCGACUGGAUGGCUCCACACCUGUGCAGGAUCGACAAACUCUGAUUGACACAUUCAACGAGUAAUUUAUUUUGCCAAAGAUCGUCUUUCACUUUUCCUAGAAUACUCCAUUUUUCUUGUCUUAUGAUAUUUUUACCGUCGUUUCUAGCUGUUUGUAAUUAGCUGCUGAGUGUGCACAUCUGCACAGUUUUUUUCUAAUUGAAAAACCAGUCCUUAUUGAUGGUCGUUGUUUUAAAUGCGUUUUCCUGGUCUAGACUCCACAUUGAAGAGAACUAAAACAGUUGUCCGAGUCUUACUCCAGAUGAAUUUUAUGGUGAAUGCGUAUAGGGGUUUUCGCCAUUGAUAUAUUUUGGAGAUGAAUUGGUCUUGCAGUCUCAGGCUUUUAAGUGCCUUUGUCGAGCGGGACACGCAACCUCUCCUAACUUGAACCUGCGAACUCCUUUUUAGUGAUGAGACCUACGAAAUCUUCCUGUUGUCUACGAAGGCAGGAGGUCUUGGCAUCAGUCUUACUGGUGCUGAUAUUGUGAUUCUUCAUGAUCUUGAUUUCAACCCUUACAACGAUCGCCAGGCUGCCGACAGAUGCCAUCGUUUGGGCCAGACAAGGUAAGUAUUUGAUGUCCUCGUUUCUUCAAUUUAUUUGCCACCUGUCUUUCAAGAUCGUUCCUAGGACGUUUAAACCUUCAACUUCACAGCGGAACAUACAGUGCGUGACCUAUCUCAUAAAAUGUUGGCUGAAAUUCUGAAAUGCGUUUAUAAUUAGGAAGGAUUACUUGGUCGCGGUUGUGAUACUGAUUAUCUUAAGGCAUACUGUUAUAACAUUUUCGACUCGGCAGGAUGUCGGCUUUUAAAUGCAUUUCUUUUCAAUCUCCUGUAGAGAGCUUUCUCGGUAAAAAAUGACUACUUAAGUAGCAUGCAUUUUCCCAUUGAUUUUCGAUGGCCUUGGAAAUUCAAAUAUAUUUUAUAGAAACCACAAACAAAAAUAUGCUUUCUUUUAGUCAAUCAAUAGAGAAUUACGUCUUCUUUAUAUUUUAUGCUUAAAGAAGGAGUAUAAUUAGGUUUAAAAAAGUUUCCAAUUAUGAGACUUUUUAAGACCGCGAUAUAUCCAUUCACAUAGCAUCGUACCUGGCCGUUUACCCCUGCUCCUCAUGAAAUGUCCAACACGGUCCGCAUCCAUUGCAAAAUUUUAUGGACACUGUAUGAUGUCUCUUUAAUGACACAGAAAAAUAUGGGAUUUUCUUUACGCGGAACGCGUGCACCUUGUAGAGUGUAAUCACUAAGCACUACUGCAACGAAUAAUCAGGCUCCAAAUUUUUCGGCAAUUAGAAAACUUAUUUAAAACCUAAUUAUACUCCUCCCUUAAGUAUAAAAUAUAAAGAAGACGUGAUUCUCUAUUGAUUGAUUAAAAGAAAACAUUUUUGUUUGUGGUUUCUAUAAAAUAUAUUUGAAUUUCCAAGACCAUCGAAAAUCAAUGGGAAAAAUGCAUGCUACUUAAGUAGUCAUUUUUUUACCGAGAAAGCUCUCUACAGGAGAUUAAAAAGAAGUGCAUUUAAAAGCCGACAUCCUGCCGAGUCCAAAAUGUUAUACGAGUAUGUCUUAAGAUAAUCCGUAUCACAACCGCGACCAAGUAAUCCUUCCUAAUCGAAAACGCAUUUCAGAACUUCAGCCAAUAUUUCAUGAGAUAGGUCACGCACUGUACCUUUUGGAGUUGCCUCGUUCACUAAAAUGUACGCUCUGGAGCUCCUAGGUCUGUUAGAAAUAUCGUCUCUACUGGUCUUGAUCCUAAUAUCCAUUUGACCUUUUUUCCUAGUUUAAUUCAACUAGCACCACACGACCUGUUCAGCACGAAGUUUGCAACAAUACCCAGCGGGCUUUUAUGCCCUUUUCUGAAGUUUUGACAGUUGGCUCUCGGAAGUUCUCGAGAGUAUGUCUGUCUGUAGAAGUACUGGUAAAAAUGUCCACUUCCAUAUUUCAGGCCCGUCCACGUGAUCCGCCUUGUCUCGGAGGGCACCGUCGAAGAGAGCAUCUGGCGAACUGCUGAGGAGAAACUACGGUUGGAGGAGGACGUCACCGAUUUUGCCCGCGAGGAGGGUGUCGGUCAGCAGGCUGACAAGAAACGCGAUCAGAACGGAGCAACCGUCGCUUGCAUAUCAGAGGAUGUCGAGGACAGCGAUUCCGUGGCAGCUGAUUAUGUUACAUCUCAAGGUGUGUCCGGUGGGAAACGUUUGCUUCAAAGUGACAUAAUCAAGUACCUCUCUGAGGCCCUCAGUUCUUACAGUCGUCUGGAGUCGCAGUCUAAUUCGCAGUAA